AUGACUCCAAACCCAAUUGAUAUCGACGCCCACAACCAUGAAUGGUCGCAGCUACUCGGGUCCCACCUCGAGCAUGCCCUGACCACAAGCGAGUCGUACACGUCGGACGAGAGCAAGGAUCACCUUGACUUCUUUCGCAGCCAUGUUUGCCGAUGGCUAGGCCCCGCGCCCAAAGCUAAUGGAAAUGCGGAGCAUAUAUCUGCAGCCUACCCAUCGGCCCUGACUGCCGAUCACACGCCAUGCGAGAUUAGCUAUGGAUGGAAGAAGGGUCAAGGGCCAACAACCGUUCGAUAUGUCGUCGACAUGAUACCUUCCAAUGCAAAGUCCGGUCGUAUCGCGUCGCUAGCAGCAGCCAGUCGCGCCAUCGACGAGCUUAGUUUUCUAGCUGCCUCGGCGUCGCCGGGAGUGCUCAUGUCGCCUGAUUUGUGGGCUGCGGUGACAGCGGAGAUGACGAAGCUGGAGCACGAGAUCCACCCUGUGGACCGUCCUUCCUGUGGCCCUUGUAGUUCGUCGUCAGCCUUCAUCGGCUUCGAUCUGAUCCGUCGAGGCGCCCGGGCCAAGCUCUACUGGCUGCUGCCCGCCUGCCUGUCCCCGACCGGGUUGCUGGACCUGCUCGACGUCGUGUUUGAGCGCUGCAUGGUAGACGGCCAUCUGACAGGGUUGCCUCGAUUCGCUGAACACUGGGCCCAAGUGCGCCACUACCUGUCGAUCAAUAUGCACGGCCCUGACGCUCUGCGUCCCCGCAUGCUCUCCCUCGACGCAUCACAUCAUCCUAUUCCCCGUGUCAAGCUCUACAACCGCUAUUACUUUGCCUCUGACGAGUCUUUUGAUGUCAUGAAAUCCCAUCUCGCCCUAGGUGGGGAGAUAGCUCUGCAGCCGCAAACGCACGACGAGUAUGCAGCACUAUGGACGUGUGUGCAGGAGAAUAAUCGCCUUCACGCUCAUACUGUUGAGGAGUUGGAGCGACAGCGCUACUGCAUGGUCGCCUACGAUAUCUUUCCCGCACCGGGCGGAAAGGGUAACAACACUAUCACCAGCAAGCUAUACCUGUUCUGUGACCAACUACCCGGACAUGAUGCCUUUGUCACCAAUGAGCUACUGGCAAAGUUUCCGGCGCCGGCCGAUUUUCUACGUCGCGAGUUUGAAAACGGACGUCUAUCAGAACGUUCUACUCAUAUCAAGGAGGUUGGUCUGACUGGACGUGACGGCGUAGUCGACAUAGCUGCCUAUAUCAGCCCUAGUAUAUUUACGCCCAAGGCGACGUAACACGAGGGUGCCAAAGCACAGAGUGGAAUACCAAAAUUAGAGCAAAUCUCAUUAUGCCCUUCU